ACGUGUGUCAUUUGUUUGACAUUUGGUUAGUUCAGGCCGUGGAGUUUUUAAUUUUAGUAUUGCGAGUUUGUUGUUUAUAAAUCUGCAUUUUAAUACAAAAAAAAAAGAAUAUGAAGAGGCUUAGUGAUGAACGAGCCAAAAUUCUUUUUGAAAAGUUGUCCAAAUACAUUGGCACCAAUGUAAAGCAACUAAUUGACCGCCCGGAUGGAACAUAUUGCUUCCGCGAACAUAGAGAUCGUGUGUACUACGUAUCCGAACGCAUACUAAAAUUAUCUGAAUGUUUUGGUCCUGAAAAGCUUGUUUGCGUAGGUACUUGCUUCGGAAAAUUCUCCAAAACAAACAAAUUGAAAUUUCAUAUUACUGCACUAUACUACCUGGCACCAUACGCCCAAUAUAAAGUUUGGGUCAAGCCAUCAUUUGAACAACAGUUCCUCUAUGGCAAUCAUAUACCAAAAUCAGGUCUAGGUCGUAUCACCGAAAAUGCCGGCCAGUAUCAAGGUGUGGUGGUUUACUCUAUGAACGAUUUGCCUUUAGGAUUUGGUGUACUAGCGCGUUCUACGACUGAAUGUAAAACUGCAGAUCCGAUGACCACAGUUUGCUUCCAUCAGUCAGAUAUUGGAGAAUAUAUACGAUCAGAAGAUACGCUUUUUUAGUGUAGACUGUAUUUUGUUUUAGAUAAUAAAUAAUUUAGAUGUAUAAUAAAAGAAAAAUACUUCG